AGAAGUACUGUAUAAUAUCAUAAUAAUUCAUAAUUAUUCUGGGUUGUAGCAGUAAAGAAAAUUAAAGGCAUGAAUAGAGGUGUUUUGCAGAGCUCGCCAAUGCAACAAAUGAUGGCGGCCGGAAACCCUAACUGGUGGAACAUCAACACCAUGAGACCUCCUUCUACUCAUCAACCACCUAAUUCUUCUCCUUUCUUGCCUCCACCAAAUCUCUACCCACAAUUUCUUCCCACUUCUAAUUCUUCUUCUAAUAAUAACAAUAUUCCUUCUUGGAAUGACAACCAAGAGCAGCUUCCUGAGUCUUGGAGCCAACUCCUCUUGGGUGGAUUGGUAGGUGAAGAAGAGAAGAGGAAUAUAAUGAACCAUUUUCAAGUGAAGAAACUGGAGAAUUGGGAAGAACAGAUGUUGAGUAGUCAAGCUCCGAAUGCUUCUGUUGUUGAUGCAGUGAAGCAAGAACACAGCUCGGCCAGCAGCUAUGUUUAUGGCCAUGAUCAAGAUCAUCAGUUUCAGACUGCUCAUCAUGUGGCAAAACCUAAUUGGUCUCAUCACCACCAUCAAGUAAUGGCCAGUACUACUCAAUCAUCUCCUAAAUCAUGCGUCACAAGUUUCAGUAGCAACAUGUUGGAUUUCUCCACCAAGCCUGAUCAUCAUCAUGCCAGGCAUCCGGUGUCGGUGUCGGUGUCGGUGCCGGAUCGAUCCUCUGAGUGUAACAGCACUGCAACUGGUGGGGCGCUCAAGAAAGCUAGGGUUCAACCUUCUUCAACCCAAACUACUUUCAAGGUGAGGAAGGAGAAGUUAGGUGACAGAAUUACUGCUCUCCACCAGCUAGUUUCCCCAUUUGGAAAGACUGACACAGCCUCUGUCUUGUUAGAAGCUAUUGGGUACAUCAGAUUCCUUCAGAGUCAAAUUGAGGCUCUCAGCUUACCUUACUUGGGCAAUGGAUCUGGAAACAUGCGACAACAACAGUCUGUUCAUGGGGAGAGGAAUUGCAUGUUCCCUGAAGACCCUGGUCAGCUGCUGAAUGAUAACUGCAUGAAGAGAAAAGGAGCUCCUGAUCAUCAGGACUCACUUGAGGAGCAAAAGAAGGACCUGAGGAGUAGGGGUCUGUGUUUGGUGCCCGUCUCAUGCACACUGCAAGUUGGGAGCGACAACGGAGCGGAUUAUUGGGCUCCGGCUCUUGGGGGCGGUUUCCGGUAAAUGAACGUCGACGGGAAGUUGGUAUGAUAGCAUAUGCAGCACAGAGAGCGUUUCAUUGGGAACGAUAUAACAUCAUGAGCAGUCACUCUGCUCAAAAAAAUAUAAGGCUGAUUGCUCAUGAUGCUAUACAAUCUUCAACCUAUUUGUGCUGUUAAUUGCUAAUUAAGUAAUUAGUUGGGAUUUGGAAGUCCUUUAAAAAAAAAAACUACCUCUCAUUUAAAGCUUUAAUUGAUUUGUCUAUUGUCCUUUCUUUCUUUUUCAUCAAUUAGCUGCUACUACAAUGCUGUUCUUGUACAUGCAGUUUUAGAGGUGUACUAAUCAUUUCAAAUGAUCUUAUAUCGAUCAUCAGCUCAGCGGAUAAUUAAGAUCAACUUUCCAUUAUCUUUCUUUUAUAACUAAGUGCCUAUAAAAUAAGUCAUAAUCUUUCGAACAA